CUCCAAGGGAAGCUCCAAAAGAUUGCCUGCUGGGAACGGUGAGGGUCCCUACCAGAGACCUGCUGAUUCGGAGAUCAGGCCUUAGAGGUUGGUAUCCCGUCAUUCUCCCGGAGGACCUCUUGGCAUCGCAGCGCGCCGACGUCACGCAGAGCAUCGUGGGAGGUUUGGAGAUUUCGGUCGCCUUUGUUCUCCCCGCGGACCGGGAGCGUGUUCUGGAGACGGCCACCCAUGUAGGGUGGGACUGGAAGGACACCUACUCCGAGGAUCCGUGGGAGGAUAGUGAGAGUGAAGAGCGGACCCCUUCGACAUCGCUCCGUGUGACUAUUUCCACCCCUCGGCUGUGGCUACCGCUACAGAGCAUGCUACUCGCAGGAGAAGCGCAUUUAAACAAAAGCGUCUACUUCUAUCUCCGCUACAAGCUCUACGACCAGGAAGCCACUUGGUCUUCCCUCCGGAGGCCAAAGUUGACGGAAGGCGACACACGCGGGAUGGUGAUCUUUAAGAAACCCAACCGGACGGAUCUCCAGUCGAGUCCGACCUUGCUCUGGUACUUCAGGGAAGAGAAACUGGAACUCCAGGUGUGGCGUGCGUACGGCAAAGAUGGCGAUGCGGAAAGACCGCUGGAUACCGACCGCUUGAUCGGAUCCGCCUAUGUGGACCUGGCACCGCUGGCGGAGAGCUCACGAAAGAAGAAAACGGUCAGCG